UAAAAUUCAUUUUUGUUUUUUUAAGCAUAGUAUAUGUAGAUUCAUGUUUAAAAUUCCGUGAAGAUAAGUUAUAUUAUAUAGUGGAUCAAGAUGACUCAAUCAGAUGAUAUUGAAAUGACUGUUGAGGUUUCUCCUAUGAGCCAAGAGGAGUUAAAUAAGAUAUCUUCUGAAGAUAUCAAAGAUCAACUAAGACUUAUUGAAAAAGCUGUACUUAAUAAAGAGCCUAGAUACUCUUCUCGUGUUCUUCGAUCUCUUGUAAAUGUUAGAAAGAAGUUAAAUGAAAAACUACUUGUUAAUAUUAUUGCAUCGUUUGCUCAAGCAGGUGCAAAAACUUCAUUACUUGGAUUCUUUGAUAGUGAACCAACUGAGACUGCAGAUGAAAAAAAAACUUUGAACUUUCAACAAUUACCAGAAAUAGAUGUUUAUCUACAUUUGUUAUGCACUAUAUUUUUUAUUGACAAUACUCAAUUAGAUAAGGCAGUAACAUGUGCUGAUGCAUUAGUACAGAGAGUUUCAACUUACAAUCGUAGAACAUUAGACCUUAUAGCAGCAUCUUGUUAUUUCUACUAUUCUCGAUCAUAUGAGCUGGUCAAUCGGUUAACAGAAAUCAGAGAAUUUUUGCAUGCAAGGUUAAGAACAACAACCCUGAGACAUGAUAUUGAUGGUCAGGCAUUACUUUUGAAUUUGCUGUUACGCAAUUAUAUCCACUACAAUUUGUAUGAUCAGGCUGACAAGUUAGUUUCUAAAUCUAUCUUUCCAGAGAAUGCUACUAAUAAUGAGUGGGCACGUUAUUUAUACUAUUUAGGAUUAAUUAAAGCAAUACAACUCGAUUAUUCUGAGUCUCAUAAACACUUGAUGAAUGCCAUACGCAAAGCUCCACAACAGGUAGCUGUUGGAUUCAAGCAGCAUGUUAAUAGAUUGGCAGUUGUUGUUCAGCUGCUGUUAGGUGAAAUACCAGAUCGCAAAAUAUUUAAAGAAUCAAUUCUCAAGAAUACGUUAGUACCAUACUAUCAGCUUACACAAGCUGUUAGAACUGGUAAUUUGUUGCUGUUUAGUCAAGUUCUUGAACAACAUAAAGAAAAGUUUUUGCUGGAAAAAACUUACACUCUUAUCAUAAGGUUACGCCAUAAUGUUAUUAAAACAGGUAUCAAAAUGAUAAGUUUAUCAUAUUCACGGAUAUCACUUGAUGAUAUUGCUUUUAAAUUGGGUCUGGAUUCUGCUGAUGAUUCUGAAUUCAUUGUUAGUAAGGCCAUUCGUGAUGGUGUUAUAGAUGCCACUAUUGAUCAUGAGCAAAAAUGUGUACAAUCUAAGGAAAAUAUUGAUGUUUAUUCAACAACUGAGCCACAACAAGCAUUUCAUCAACGUGUACGGUUUUCGUUGGAUAUUUAUAACCAAUCAGUGAAAGCAAUGCGCUACCCUGCAAAAUCUUAUCAUAAAGAUUUAGAAUCACUCGAGGAACAACGUGAACGCGAAAAGCAAGAUUUAGAAUACGCUAAAGAAAUCGCUGAAGAUGACGAGUUUCCGUAGUUUUUAUUAUUAGUUCUCUUAAUCAUCGAGUUUAGAAUUGUAAUGAAAUUUUCUGGUUAUAAAUUUAACUCCGGUUUUCUUUUUUUUA